GAAAUGCUGGAGAUCUCCGCCAAAAGGCUCAGUGUUAGACAAUUGGUGCAAAAGAUAUCACCACCUUUAAACGACGUGAUUUAUACACAACGAAGAAGUCGAAACUCAGACAACGCCCUCUCUUCAUUAUAGACCAAUUAAUUUCAUCACUUGAUCAAAGUUCCGCGAAGACCACCGUAAUAGCAGAUAAGGGUCCUCUACCAAUUGGAGCAUGCUUGCAUCUAGAGCUUGGGCAACUGCAAAAAGUCGUUCAGUGAGAAACAUUAUGACUGCGGCCGGAGCUGCCGGGCGGAUUGUCAAAUUUGGGCCUUUCGAGGUCACAAAUCAGGUCUUCCUCACAACACCACAUUCUUUCGCCCUGGUGAAUCUCAAACCUCUUAUUCAAGGCCAUGUUCUCGUCUGUCCGCACAACCCGCACAGACGUCUCACAGACUUGACAACCACUGAGAUCUCAGAUCUCUUCACAACGGUGCAGCUUACCCAGCGUCUGCUUGCACGUGCUUACUUCCGCACCCCCGAACCCGAGGCCGGAAGCUUCUCAGUCGCUGUGCAAGACGGAGCUGACGCGGGGCAGACGGUACCACAUGUUCAUGUCCACGUUGUUCCGCGAACGGCUGGAGACAUGGGAAGUCCGGAUGCCGUGUAUGUUAAGCUUGCGGGAGAGGAGGGCAAUGUUGGUGGUGCGUUAUGGGACAAGGAGAUGAGCACUCGGCCGAAGCCGGGUGGAGGGUUACAGAGAGUUGAUGAUGAGGAUCGAAAACCAAGAAGUGUUGAGGCGAUGGCUGAGGAGGCGGAGCGGUAUAAGGCUAUUCUGAAGAAAAUGGGCGUUGAGUGAUGGACUCAAUGCAUUGUUUGCAGAUCAUAGAAGUUGGACUACAAUAACGAUAGACGCUUUAAUCUUCAGAGGAACUCGCGGUUGUUGCAACACAUUCACAGCAUUGAUGUCCAAUCUUUUGAAUGGUAUAGAUCUGCGACUAUCCGCUGA